AUGGACUCCGCCCCACCACCACCGAUUCACCUCGUCCCGUUCGCUCGGUCAGUGGUUGAACUGUUGACGAUCUGGCCAGCCCUGCAACUCUCCUUCGAGCAAUCAGCCACCCACCAGUCACGAGUCGCACAGGACCAGGCCCGGUCCGAGCUGGCAACCGAGCUCGUCGGUGCUUUCCUUGACGCCCAGCCAGCCGUCCCAGAAUCUGUCCAACAAGGAGCGGACGAUCAGCGGCCGAUUCCCGACACUGAAGAAAUCGAGGACUUUCUGCUCGGCUGGAUCUUCGGAACUCUGGAUGUGCGAAUCGAGGAUGAAUCGGAGAUCUCGGUCACCCGUGACCUGAUCAGUCUGUGGAACGAAUGGUCAGCCAUGGCCAGCGCUGCCGACGAGGAAGCCGUCAGAUCUAGGGGUCAAGUCAUCCAACGGGUCGGACGAGUCGCGGCUAAACGACGUACUAAUUCUUCUCAGAUUACCGCUCAAUUGGUCGACGAGGGUCAUGUCAGCGACGAUGGAGAGAGCGAGGAUGAUGAAGAUAACAUGAGGGUCGAUGAGCCAUCUUCUCAAACACCGGCCGCACGUCGCCAUCCCAGCCCUACAAUCGAUGAGGAUGGUUUUACCCUGGUUACAAAGUCAUCCCAACGGCACUAG